AUGCCUGGCGAACGUUCAACAAUGUGGUUCACUAUUUUAUCAUGCUUCAUUAUCACAAUCAUCUCAGCUGCCCCUCUCGAGCACCAUUCUCAACAAACCAACAGUACUUCGAGUAACUGUACUGGCGGUACUUGUGGUCUAUGUCCACACGAUCCUCUUCGUUGUUGUCUCCUAACUCCUGGACGUUGUACUAGUAUAGAUGGCGUUCCAUAUGGUCUUUGUGCUCCUAAAUGUGAUUGUGAUGUUUACUGA